AUGUGUUUUGAGGUAUGCGACACAGGCUACAAAAACCUGGCCAAGACCAUGCCUAUAGACUUGUAAUUUAAACACUGUUUUGUUAGUGUGCAGUUAUCAUGCAGAAUAUUAUUCUUUUAGGUUGAAGAAACAAAAUGCGAAACAGGUGCUUACCCAGGACCUAUUAAGUAAGUCUUUGUACAUACAGUAUUUGCAGUAUACUCCUAUUCCAACAGAUGGCAAGCGCAUGUGCGAGUCUAUGGAAAAGUGCCUGCUAAAAUAAUAGGAGUAAAUACGGGAAAAGAACACCAAAAUAACAAUUAUAGCAUCUUUUGACAUGCAUGAUAUGUGUGAUAAGAAUUCUUAAAAAAUUAUAGACCAUGUCACCUUGGAAAAUACCUGAGAAAAGUUGUUUGCAUGAUGUUGCGCACAUCCUAUAUAAACUAACUAUAUUAGUACAGACACAAUAGCAUGUCUGGUUUCUUUAGUCAGACCCGAAAAAUAUUUAGCGCUCUCUGAGUCCAUUCCCUUUGUUAUUAUGUAACUGCGUGCCAGCAAGGGAGGCAAUUAAAAUAUUUAGCUGAUUUUAAUGGUUUGUGUAUUUGGAAUAUAUAACAGAACACAGACGUAAAAUAGCACACAUACACUUCCACAGUAGCACACAUACACUUCCACGCUGCAGCCUUUGUUUUUGUUCCAAAAGAGAGAUGUACGUAUAAUAACAUUCUCUAGUUUUGAUAAUCAUACUGUACCAGGUCUUUUAUUUAAAAAUCUGAAUUUGUUAAGUUGAAACUUCCAGAUUUAGUUUUCCUCUACAAUAUGUUGUUCAUGCAUGUUUUCAUAAUGAUAAAUUGCCAGUGUCUUUCAAAACAAUGUUCCUAUACUGUACCUGUUAAAAUGAAACACACUAUAGGCAAUUCCAGCUUUAGUUUAUGCAGGGGCAGGGGAGUAAGGUAUAUUGCUGAUUAUGCUGCAAAAAAUAAAAAUAAUAAAUACAGUCGAACCUCUAUUAAGCGGCCCUCCAUUAAGCGGCCACCCUCUAUUAAAUGGCCACAUAUCGAAGUCCCGAAAUUUUUGUAAUACAAAUACUAUAAACUAUCCCUCUAUUAAACGGCCACCUCUAUUAAGCGGCCGCGGCCACCCAAAGAGCGGUCCCAAAUGUUGUUUUAUGUCAAUUUUUACCUCUAUUAAGCGGCCAGCCUGCAGGACUUACUUGGCACAACACCUUGUCAAGAGAGGCGAAAAUAAAAGUCGAGCUAGUUUGCUUUAUUUGUAAAAUAAGUCUUAAAAAUUAUGCUUUAACACAUGCCACUUUACUGUAAAGUGGCAUGUGUUAAAACAUAAUUUUUAAGACUUAUUUUAAGACUAAUUUUUAAGACUUGAGUGGACUUUUAAUAAGUGGGUGCAGAGGAGAGACACCUCAUUCAGGCAUUUUCUGAACUGCCACCACGUCAUGUAGGCUCCUCGCAACAAUCGAAACAUCCGUCCCCCUGAAAGUCCAAGCCAAUCUGGUCAUUUUGAAUGUUUUCACAAGGGUGAUGGCCAUUCCUUAGACCAGAGGCUAGGAACAUGGUAGCAGGAUAGGCUGAUAUCAAAAGUGCCGACAAGGAGUCAGACUGCAAUAAGUACACAAUUAAAUUAUACUAGAAUACAUUAUAGUGGUGUAAUUUUAAGUUUGCAUCAUCAACCUGCAAAAUUCCUGGCAACCUGCAAAAUUCCAACUUGCAAAAUCCCCACCUGCAAAAUUCCAACCUGCAAAAUUACCAACCUGCAAAAUUACCAACCUGCAAAAUUCCAACCUGCAACCUGCGUUUUGUACCUGCCGCCAUACUUCCCGUUACCCCCUGCGCGCAUAAAUUAAAACCUGGAAUUGUCUAGCUUCUAAAAAUUCUUAUUGUAUCCCUAUAGUUGGGACGAAUUACGGAAAAUUUUCGCUUCCGAAUCGUUUCCAAGGACCAAAGACAUGGAAUGAUUUGGAUGAGGAAAUAAAAUUCACAUCCAAAUAUAAAUAUUCUAGUCCAACCACAUUGAACAGGGAGGUAUAGGGGGAUUAGGCUGCAAUCUCAGCAUAACCGGUCCACGUAUUUUGUCACUGAUUGUAGAAAAUAUACAAAAUUAACACAGAAAUAUUUAAUUUGUCCCACUUCGGCGGGCAAGGCCAGCUUAAACCGUUCAUGAACGACUGUUACAGUAUUUUUGCAGGCCAAUUGGCUUGCAUCCUCGGGGUUGCGGGUUUAUCCUUCCCUCGGGUAUAUUCCUAAGCCAUUUGUGCAGGCUGAAAUGCAAACAUCGUGUUGGUGUUGUUGCUAUAGAGACAAAGUGGAUGAUGUUGUGAUCAAUCUUGAUUUGGAGCCGGAAGAAAGAUGGAAAGAAAUCACGGUGAAAAUGAAACCGCAGGUAUAAUGCUACGUAUAGUCAGGGUAUUAAUUUAAGCAGAACAAAAAAAGUCAGCAAUUGAAUAAAAUUAGUCCGCGACAUUUAGACCUGAGUUAGGAAAUGACUCCUAUAAGGGAGUGGUCAUUAUUUAUGGGGAGGUUGGGAAAUGGGAGGGGUGGCAAACGAAGUUUUACCCUUAUAAAUAUGGGGGGGGUCAAAAAAGUUUUAACACAGAGAAAGGGGGUCAUAAAAGUUUUUGAACUUAAAUACCAUGUCUAGAGUUCUGAUUUCUAUAAUCUCAAAUAGCAAAAUAGAAGACUCUGAAAAUGCUAUUUGUAACGAUCUAGACUCUAGAGACUCAAAAUUUUCAAAAUUUCCCUGCUCGGCGCCAACCAUGGUAGCGCCUCGCAAUCGUGGGAGUCAGGCCCACUAAGUUUAACAAGCUUUCUAUCCCCUGAGUGACCCAGUUGUGGUAUUUACAUAAACAUAUCAUGCAAGUACACUUAACUGAUCAGAUUUAGUCUAUCAACGCACAAUAUAACGCUGUAUAUCCAAAAAUCUGUUUCAGAAAAUGCUCACAUUUCAGUUCUAGGGGUGGAAAAAUACAAAACAUUUUCUGGGGGAGAAUACCCCAGACCCCCCUACUAAUACAUACGAUACCAUACCAAACUUUUUGUCACCAACAACCAUCUGUCAUCUCUCCGCACUCAAUAUAGUAUGGUCCCUUUUUGUAGAUGCCCACCCCCCAGACAAGUUCUCAAAAAAACCCUGUGUUCAAAUCAUUUCGCUAUAUGAAGACAGGUCAUGGGUUAGGGUUAGGGUAGGACAAAUGUUGCAUUGCAAAGUAGUAACACAUAAUAUAUAUUUUUUAAUCAUAUAUGGUUGAAUCAUCAUAUUCACCAGGGUAAUACAUCAUGAGCUAGAUUAAACAGAUUGUCCUAAUAUUUAACUUUACCUGCAACACACACUUGUUUCAUUGCUGUUAAUUUUUCAAUCCACACUGGGGGGGGGUCAGAAAAGUUUCUACUUUUAUGAGGGGGGAGGCACAAAAAGUUUGCCUUCAGUCUGGGGGGGGUCAAAAAAGUUUUCAAUCCUUAUUUUCCCCAUUUCCCAACCUCCCCCUCCCCAUAAAUAAUGACCACUCCCUAAGUAUUAGAAGAAUUCUGGUGUGAAUUUCGUGUCCCUUAAGUGGCAUUCUCGUGCUGAUUAUAUAGCUGAGCUAAAUUGAAGUGCAAGUCAACUGCCAUUGUUUUGCAUGUCUAAAAGCAGACAAAUAUGUUUUAUAUGUGCUGCCAUCAUCCAUCAACACUGAUCUACUUCCCCAUUUUUCUUGGACGAACUAUUGAAAUUGAACAAUCUGAUAUUUUUCACAAAUUUAAUAGUUAUGUUAUUUUUUGCAGAUUAAAAUUUUUGAAAUUGCUAGCUAAACGUAACUGCAAAGGUUGGCCAUGCAGUGCUUUCACGAUUGUUACCACAGGCACAGUAGUUUUUCUGCUUACUGUACAUAUUCAUCUAGUCAGAUCGUACAUUUCUUCCAAAUACGAUUAAAAAUGUGCAUAAAAAAUAUUGUUCGAAUGUUGCUAUCGUAAGUUAUGUACAAACUUCUAGCUUCGAAAUAUAUUUUAACAAGUGAACGAAGUUUCAGGCGCUGUUGAAUUAAUGGCGAGUUAAACUAUCUUUAAAUUUACUGUAGAAUACUAUACUAUAUAUAAUAUAUAUAUAAGGCGCCUACAGCACAAUGAACUCCCAUGCAUGCAUGCACGUAUAUCUGACGAAAAUAACCGGGUUUUUUUUUCUAGUUGCUUAACCUUCUGCAAGAAAUAAAGAACUUUACAAAUUUUGUCUUGAAUGGGAAAUUGUUUGAUUACAUCAACGAAUAUCUGGUAAUGUAAAUUUUAUUUGUUGUCAACCCUUAUACAGUAAAUACAUAUAUAUCUUAUUGAAUGGUUUGACAUAAAAAUCCGACCAUGUAUUUUUUGCGAUAUUUCUUUUCAACAGCCUGCAAUUGUCACAACCUUGCCUGAUCCAUAUGGUCGUGAACUUAAAGGAAUAUCAGCAGCAACAGGAAUUCCCCUUGGUAAGUUUUUCAAUCAACUUUGGUAUUUUGUGAUGCGAUAAUUGUAAUAACUUGUAAUAAUUAAUUAAAUAAAUAUUUUAGAAAUUUUUCCAAUUUAGCCAAGGCUACUUUAUGUAGUGUGUAUAAUAUCUCCCUUGUACACUGCAAAAAAUGUGACUCAAAAAUUUGCACCCAUGCACAGUGACUCAAAAGCUGAGUAAAAUUACUCAAAUUUGUGAGCACAUUUACUCAUUUUUGAGUAAAUUAAAUCUUUACUCAAUGUAGUUGUAACUCUCGCAAUCCGCAGUUAUCUUAUAUUCGUGCAUGUCGUGCUUUCUUUCUAGUUACGUGCUCUCUUUCUAGUCUGCUUGUCCAUAUAUGGUAUAAUGUCAUGAAUAUAACUAUGUUACACUGCAUGCAUAGCCUAUUCAAUGGACCUUUCACCUUUUGACUAAAAUUUAGAUUUCAACAAGUCUAGACAAAAAUUUCAUCACAGCUUGAAAGAGCAUCACAAAAUUAGUAAUAUUCCAAAGUUUCGUUGCGAAAUGUUGUAAAAUGCGGAUAAUAUAGCCUUGCGAAGUUUGUCAUUUUCAGUCAUUUUGUAUUACGCGCGGGAAAUAGAUACCUCCUUCGAAAAAAGGGUAUGUUUUUCUCGUUUGUAAUCUAAAAUGACUGAAAAUUGCAAACUUCGCAAGGCUAUAUUAUACGCAUUUUACAACAUUUCGCAACGAAACUUCGGAAUAUUACUAAUUUUGUGAUGCUCUUUCAAGCUGUGAUAAAAUUUUUGUCUACACUUGUUGAAAUCUAAAUUUCAGUCAAAAGGUGAAAGGUCCAUUCACGUAUGUGGGACGAUUACACGCGUAAAAAUCUCACAUCUUGUGGCAAGUCUGCCAACAAUCCGUCAACAAGUUGUGUUAGCACUGCUUGUCUCAAGUUGUCAACAAGUUUGGAACAAAAUGUUAACAACUUGUAACAACCUUGUUGAUAUUAUCAGGUUGUUCCAACAAGUCCGUUACAGUCAUGAUAAAAACAAUGUUGUAACAACCUUGUGUCGUCAACAUUGUAACAUUCUUGUUAUAUCAUGACUGUAUCAGACUUGGUAGAACAACCUUGCAACAAGUCUGAUAAUGCCAUCAAGCUUGUUACAAGUUGUUAACAGCUUGUUCCAAACUUGUUACAACAACUAGGAACAAGCAGUGCGAACACAACUUGUCGGCAGCUUGUGAACAGAUUUGUAGCAACUUGAUUGUAGACCUGUAACAACUUGUGCGUUUUUACGUGUGUAGCAGUAUAUUUAAAUUUGCCAAAUCCACCAAUAGCAAUUUCCAUUUUCCCUAUUGUUCGAGUCACGGAUAGGUAACAUUCCUAAAACAUUGCUAUUGGUUAGUUGGGCAAAAGUACAAUACACACGUGACGGUGAAGAACCAGAUUUAUGAAUAAACGUUGACUAAUAUAGAUAAUGAGUUAUAUAUUGUUAUUAUAAUGAGUUUCACAGCCAUCUUCAUUCGAUAGGCUCUUAUAAAACCAACUUGUAGUUUAUUUAAAUGUUUAUUUACUGCAAAUGUGAAGCAAAUUGCUGGUGAAGAAAAUUAUUUAAGACUGUACGAAGAAUGGCCAAACAACUCUCUGUUCGUAACUUCGUUACUAAUCCAAUUCAGAUAUGGGCAAUGAAUGAACGGUCUCUUUGUUUAUUUUCUGUUUUUCAGGCGAGGUUGUUCUGUACAACAUAUUUUACGAAGUCUUUACAGUGUGUACAUCAAUUGUUGCUGAGACGCCCAAAGGUUGGUGAAUUUGAAAAUCUGAACUUUUGAACUUCGGCAUGAAUCGAAUUUUGGAAUAUUUUCGCAACAGUUUUGUGAAAUCGACUGUAAAUUUGUCUAAAAUUUCCAACGGUAAUAAAAUUCUCGUCCAUAUGAAAGCAGAAACGUUCGUUCGACUUUUCAUACGUUUUAAGCCAUUCUCGUACCCAAACCGGAUACUAUAAAAACAUGGUAAGAAAACAAUGUCCGGUGUUAGAACUAGCCAAUUAGAUUCCAGUUCGGAUAUGGAUUUGGCCAGAGCCCCUCGUCGCACCGCGCGUAAGAAGGGCUCUGGGUACGAGAAUGGUUUUAAACAACAGGUAGGCAAUUUGUCUGAGCAUGCGCGCAGAAAAUCAAUAUGGCGACAUAUAUUAGGAGUGUUUCGUGGAUUUAUCUGGUUUUAAAGCUGAUAAAACAACAUUUUAAUGGACGAAAACUUUGUUCCAAAGGUUUUAAAUUAAAAAUAACUACUUUUGCUUUAUUUUAUUGCUUUUUAUGCUUUGAAAACAAGCAAGCUCAUAUUUUUUGAAUAAAUCUUAUCUAAUAUUUUACCCAUUAUUUGUUUAAUCUGAACAAAAAUAGAUAGAACACUUGGCUAUAUAAGUUAUAAAGGUAUUGUUAGCUGAUCUGAAAGAUUUCAGUGUUCCUGGUACACAUUUUAACAAAGAAUAAAAUUAAAAUAUAGGCAUAUAAAAAACAAUGGUUUUUAUUAGAACAACACAGAAUAAGUUGUUAUUUUCUAUUUUUACAAAAGACAAGUUUGAAAACAGGAUCUAGUCCUCCAGCUUGAUAUCAUAUUCCAUUUAUUUGGAUAUUGAAUAAAGGAAUGUGAAGUAAUAAUUGAAACUUGUCCAAAAUUUGAUACCAACACUCGAGUGAACAGAUACUAUCACCUAAAAAUAAAAGAAAACAGAACUUAAAUUUAUCAUAUAAUGCUAUGAAAAAAUCUUAGAUACUACAAGCAUAUAGUCAACACAACUCUUUAACAAACUCACUAAAAUAAGUUAAGUAAUGCUACGCAAUAUUUGACAACAUCAAAUGUUACCAUCUUCAGUGUCCAAAAAAUGUGCCGCGCACAUUUUUCGUGGUCGCAUAACUGGCACUGCCACAAACCCAGGUGAAAAAGCAGUUAGAAAAACCUGGUUUUGGGUGAUGAGCAUAGUCAAAUUCUUGACUUAUUCAAUUUUCCAAGUUUUUCCAGGUAAACAGAUUCAACAUUGAAAUAAGCCCCAUUCGGGACCUCAUAGGGUCCAGCAUAUUGUGUAUGGACCAGACUUUUUUUCAAUUUUCUGUGAUUUACAUAACACUAGUUAUAAUUUAAGGGCCAACCAGUAUUGUUCAAGACAUGUUUUCCUUCCAGAACACCUUUUCAAAAUACUAAACCAAGCAUGUCAAAAAUAGUGUACAUUUACAAGGGAAAUUUCAACCCUUGGGCACAUUUUUCCCAUGAAUGAUUUUAAUUCUAAUUCUAAUAUAAAGACUAUAGAUAAAAAUUUGAUUUAAAGCUAGUUUCAAGUGAUGAGCAUACCCUAAAUUUUAAGCUAUACCUCAAAGAUGGGUCAUUUCAACAUAAACAUUGAAAUGUGGGUAUACUGACAGCUCUGUCACACGUGUAGUUUGACAUUAGCAGACCUUCUCAAACAUUUUAAUGAAAGUAUAAUUCACAAAGUUCACAUUUUCACUUCUUAACAUCUGUUUUAAUCCAACUAGCUCUGUGGGCACAAGCAAAAAUUUAGUGUUGAUGUAAAUAUCCAUUUUGUUCAUGUUUCCCCGGUGAAAAUAUAGUCUAUUCCAAAGCUGAUUUCGACGUACUUUAGCUUUUCAGAAACCGUUGGCCUUCCUCAGUAAUAUUAUCAACUGUUUCACAAACAUAUUUGAUAGUAAACAGCUAAAAUAUUCUCCGAAGGUGUAUAUUUUUGCUCUUCGACUUUCGACACGAAAAUGGAAACUCAAGAAGAAAUAAGCCGCUAUUUUUGGUCAGCGUCGACAAAUUGCCUACCUGUUGUCUUAAGCUGGUUAUAGCCACCAGCCAGCCUUGUCCCCAGGCUCCAGUACGUGCCUGGGGUUUGCGACGCGCAGCUCCGAAUUUCACAUUUUCCCCUUCUCCCGCCCACGCGUGUUUCUCCCGAGAGACCUUGACGUGCCGGGGACGAGGCUGGCCACCAGCUUAAAAGUCUUACCAAUCCAAUACUGAACUGAGAAGAACCAUAAUUAAUUUUUCGUUUAGGUGAACUUUACCAUGCCCGAAACCUGGAUUUUGGACUUUUUCUUGGGUAG